GUACCUACCGCUGUUUGGUUGUAUUUUGUGGUCAUUCUCUUUUUUUUUCGCUUCCGACCACCACCGUUGUGACCUUCUUUUUGAACUGCAAAAGUGCCAGAAGAUAGCGGUGACACAUAAUCCACAGCGAGAGGUUGAGAGAGAAAGAGAGAGAAAGUUGCGUACAUACCGUUUCUUUUUUUCCUUCUCCGCUCUUACAGAGCCCGUGAGGCACACCUGCGUGUUCUGUCCAUCAGCACGUCAACCAAUAGCAGUAGUCGCGGCCAAAAAUGUUAAACAAGUACUUCACGAUCGAUCGCGACUGGAUGGAAGCCGCCGCCGCUGCGAUUUGCUCGCGUAACGGAAUCAUUUUGAAGGACGUAAUUGCAAAAGCAGAACAGGGCAUUCCUCUACGCAUCGUAAAUGACACCGCUGCCACCUUGCGGAAUAUCGUCCAUGUGAUGCAGACGAGCAUCGAGUACACCUGCAACGAGUACUUAAAGAAACACGAAGGCACACUGCGUCUUUUCCGCGCCGCGCACCCGUCCUCCUCUGAGACGAUUUUAGCCAAUGAAGAACGUCGGCAUUGCCGAGAGAUGGUGGUGCGCGUUGCGAUUACAGGCGCCCUAACAGACUUCCAGCGCCGCAACCGAAAAUGCGUACACGACAAUCCUGCAUCUUCUCAAGUAUCGUCGACGCAGGGCGAGACUGAGUCUCCGGGAAGAGUGGAGACGACGGAUGACGAUUUGGAGCGCAGCGUGCAGACGACGCUGCUGAAAGGGCUUCUUUAUGCCUUUGAAGCGUUUCAAGAAUGCCACUCGAUGAACCGCGACCACUACCCUCCGCGGAAAGACAACAGCACUCCCGGCACCGUUGGCUGGGACACGCUGGUGAUGCUGUACCUUGUCCACCGCAUCCCUCAAGUCGCCCGCCAUGCGAGUGGCAGCGCCAUUGACGAAUCCAUUGGGCAAGUGAUCCGUACGUGGCGCAAGCUGCUUGUUGCUUUGCAGUCUGUAGACUCGUGCGAGGCUCCUGAGCACUCCCGCCGUCGCGGCGCACUGGCCCUCGUCAACGGCCUUUUGAUUAUUCUGUUUCAGCGGUACAACACGCAUCAGUGCGCGGUGCUUUUGAGCGCCGUCGACCAUGCAGAAAAGGUGGCUGCGUCCACCGCAGAAACCUCGCGCUCCAUUCUGCACCCGUCGCGCCACAUGAUUUCCGAAGUAGUCACCUACUACUAUUACAGCGGACGAAUGCGCUUAUAUGAGCGCCAGCUCGAAGAAGCCCAUCGCACCUUGCGAGAGGCGUACACGCUGCUGCCCCCCGCAGGCUUCGGAAAUGAGCCACAGCGGCUCAACAAGGAGCGGGUGCGUUUCUUUCUAACGGUGGCCGGCGUGGCCAACGGCCGUCGCAUUCCGAUGGAAAUUCUGCGCGCUGACGAAGAUUUGCUGCCCCGUCUCUUCGGCUCUCUUGUGUGGGCAAUCGAGCGCGGCGACCCGGUGCGCUUCUCACGCGCGCUCGACACGCACGCGCCGGUGUUUCACAGACGGGGGGUGUAUUUGAUACUGCAGCAAGCAAAAAUACUGUGCUACUUGAUGGCCGUCGCGCGUGUGCAUGCGGCAAUGGCGGCUCUCCCCGACACCGACAACAGUCGCAUCACCAUAACAACGUUGUUGGCCGCCUACGAGUUUAUCACGAAGGCGGAAGAAAAAAACAGUAAUUCAACUCCAUCCUCCUCAACGAAGAAGCGCUCCCGAGAAGACGGGGAAACGUGUCACACUCAUGAAUCUGCCGACACGGAUGCAAUCAUGGAUGAAGAUCGAAUGGCACUUUGGGUCGCGAAGCUCAUCGCACGCGGAUAUAUCAGAGGGUACUACUCACAUGAGCACAAGACCCUAGUACUGUCAAAGAAGACCCCGUUCCCUCAUUUGCAGGCGGCACCAUAG